AUGGGCGCCACUCCCAGACCGUUUUACCUUUAUAGUCCUCCCGAUGCAGCGUCCUUAGCGCCCUCCUUCCGGUCUCCUUAUAUGGGUGGACCUUAUCCUACGUCACGGCUAGACUACCAAGGGCUCGCAGACUUGACCUUGGGGGGAGUGCCACGGCAGCAGCUUACGUGUGCCUGGCCAGUGCCCGCGCACCCGCCCGCCCGCACACCCGCCCGCCUUCUGCACUGUUUCCAGGCAUGGACGCACGCCCUCAGCUGCGCUCAUGCACCUUUUAUGUAUGUCAAGAUUUGUGUGAGGUCGACUUGCAUCCGCACAUGUAAAGGAAUACGUACAUGGAUAGACACAGGCACACCAACGCAGGCACCCGGGUCAUUGUGGCUCGCAUCCUGGCUGCCCGUGCGAGGCGUCACGCACGUCGGGUGCCUGAGCGUCGCCCAUAAAAGGAGGCGGCAUCUCACGUCACCUUCAGUUUGUAAGAGGAGGCGCUGUCGUCCUGUUCCUCUGUCUCCUCUCUCUCACGCACAAGCACAAGUGCAAGCACAAGUAAUCGCAAUGUUGGGCAAGUACUCACGCAGGCAAUGGCUCACUCUGAUCGUGUUCGCUAUCGCCGACUUCUGCAGCGCGGUGUGCGUGUCCCUGCAGGCGCCCUUCUACCCCAUGAUGGCCGAGUCUAAGGGCGCCUCGCCCACCCAGUACGGCUUCGUGUUCGGCAUCUUCGAGCUGACGGUGUUCAUCGUGUGCCCCAUCUACGGCACGUACCUGAACAAGAUCGGGCCCAAGUUCAUGUUCAACGCCGGCAUCUUCACCACGGCCACCACCUGCAUCAUGUUCGGGUUCCUGGACCGCGUGAACGACACCACGGCCUUCAUCGGCCUCUCGUUCGUGAUCAGGAUCGUGGAGGCCAUGGGCAACUCGGGCUUCCUGACGGCGUCCUUCAGCAUCAUCGCCAAGGAGUUCCCCGAGAACGUGGGCGCCACCUUCGCGUCCCUCGAAACUUGUUUCGGGCUCGGACUGAUCGUAGGACCCACGAUGGGCGGCGCCCUCUUCGAACUGGGGGGCUACACGCUGCCCUUCGUGACCCUGGGCGGCAUGCUGCUGGGCGCCGCUUCUCUCACCUUCUGCAUUCUGCCUGCCCACUACUCGGAGACCAAGGGCGAGAACGAGGCCCAAGGCAGUUUGCUCAGCCUCGUCAGAAUACCCUCCAUCGCCCUCGUCUCCUACGCCAUCGUGGCCACCUCCGCCAGUAUCGGCUUCGUCCAGGCCACGUUGGAGCCCCACCUGCGGCCGCUGGACCUCACGCCUUUCCAGCUGGGCCUCAUGUUCGUGCUCAACGGCGCCACCUACAGCAUAUUCGCGCCCCUGUGGGGUUGGCUGUGCGACAAGUACGUCAGUCCCAAGGCGGUGGUGAUCUUGGGAGGUCUUGUGACGAUGGUCGCCUUCGUGGUCCUGGGCCCGGCGCCCUUCCUGCCCAUCCCGACCACGCUGCCGCUCUGCAUCUUCGCCCUGGUGCUCCACGGCACCGGCUUCGGCGCCGAGCUCGUGGCCACCUUCACCAGCGCCCACAAGGACGCCGUGGCCAACGGCUUCCCCGACGACAUCAGCACUUACGGCCUCGUCGCGGGGCUGUGGACGUCGACUUUCGCGCUGGGGGCCUUCAUCGGCCCCUCAGUCGCGGGCGUCCUCUUCGACUGGUGCGGCUUCGCGUGGGCCACCGUGUUCGUGGUCGUGCUCCACCUGGUCGUGGCUCUGUCGUUCACCGUCCACAUGGCCGUCAGCCGGCCAUCAGCGCCGUCCAUCUUCGCCAAGACGCACGAGAGCCUGGCGCAGCACGACGCGGAGAAGACCCUCCUCAUCGUCGGCCGCCCCGGCGACGAGAGCGGAUUCAGCAGUUCUGGCAGCUCGUCCUUCGAGGUGUCCGUGUCCUCAGAAAUCCGUCCGUGAGGCGUGGCUGAAGGAAGCUUGGUUGUUAACUUAGGAGUACAGGAGUUACUUGAAGGCCUAAGGUGCGGGUUAGCGCCGUGUUCUUUGCUCAUGAGAAAUUGGGAUACGCGCUUAAGCUGUUUUAUUUGUUAGUAUUCUGUUUACCUGAUGUUAUUAUAUCAUUGUUGUUAUUCCUAGCAGCAGGCCAAUCUUCUGUAAAGAUCUGGUAGAUUGUAAUUAUCUGAGUACUGACAUUUCUAGUCAAGGUUGAGGCACUGCCUUCAGUAGG